AUGAUAUCAGACAAUGUCCUGCAGCCGGAUAGCAGCUUUUCCCCUACUAUUGAUCGAAAUUUGUCCGUACCAGAAGCCCUAAAUAGUCCUUUGUUCGUACCUUCCGCAAGCGACCUCCCCACACAGCCGGAAUCUCUAGGCAGAGAACGGUCUCCAGAUGGGAGCAGUGACUCCUCAGCUAUAUCAGAAUUUGCAGAUGAGGAUCUGCAACCAGCUGACGGCAGUAGCGUAACCAUAGGCCUUCCUACGCCGCCAUCCGAUCCCCCUUCCCCUGCUGAGCAAAUCUCGAAGAGAACUACUCAUCGUAAUUCGAAAUCAAAGCAAUGCAAGAUCGUCAAAGCGACAGUUUCCCGGGAUAAGCUUGGCCAAAAGAAGCUUUUGACGAAGCGUAGUCUGGUAGAGAAGCAGCCACGGCCUGCACCCGAAGAACCAAGGAUAUCGAAUGAUCCGUCCCCGGCAAGGAAUGCACUUUGCGAACUUUCUGAUCCGGAUCUUCAACAGACCCUGGAAGCCGGUGAAGGGCUUAUCAGAGAUGGCCUUUCUGAACAUCAGGACUCCUGUAUGUGGAGGGAGAAAGGCUUUUGGUCCGAGGAUGCCCUUUGUCUUUCUAUCUUGGCAAACUCCUCAGCCGAGGAGAGGUUUUGUCAAGUUUUUCGCUAUGUUAACACACAAUUAACCCGAAGUUUGGACCAGAAGUUACGGCUCCGCAUCUCACAUGCCCUGUUGUACCUUUCCUUCGAGUCCCUGACGCAGGAGAAGCGAAGUGGCAUGCGUUCGGGAAGGCAAGAGAACCCUGACCAACAUCGUGCCGCAACCUUCUCCGCGGAUUACCUGCUGGAACGCUCGUACCCAGACUGGUGGGGUUCGAUGGAUGUCCGGAUGAAGCGAACACUUCGGAGACAGCUUCACGAGCAAAAGAGACAGGGUAGCCGGUGUUGGCGGAUGGCAAGCGUAUUAGGUCUUGGAGCUCUGCUUGCCUGUGGAGAUACCCUGACUAAAGUGAUCAAAAAUCACGGCAGAUAUCCUCUCCCGAAAUUUGAUGCUGUUAUCAACUAUGUUGCGAAUGCUUAUCCUGGUGUGGUGUGCCUUUACCACGAAUUCGAUGCCUUGGUGAAGCAAAUUUUGCUAGGAGAAACCCUCACAGCCAAACCCACAAGGCAGACAGUCGAUGAUGGAAUCUGCCAGGCAGCUGCAAUAAAGCUAACCCUCCGGCAAGUUGAAGAGAACUGGCAGCAAAUUGACCUCACCUCCGCUUCCCUGAAACUGAUCAAGGAGUGCGAAUUCGCAUAG